UGGAGGAUGUACUGUCUCCCCGGCGGAGGGUCCCCCUGGUGGAGGAUGUAGUGUCUCCCUGGGGCAGUGUCCCCCCGGAUGAAGGGUCCCCCUGGCGGAGUGUAAAGUGUCUCCCUGAUGAAGGGUUCCCCCCCGGGUGGAGUUCCUUUCCUCCUGAGGGCGGUCGGCGGUCGGGCCCGGCUCCCUCUCCCGGUGAUUGCCGGCACCUGGUCUCCGGGAAAGUGAAGCGGCGGCUCGGGCAGACGGUGGGGUGAGCCGGUCCCCGGCCUCGGGCCGAUGAAUGUGGGAGUUGCGGCGGGAUCGAUGGAAGUCACCGAGAGGAAAAGGAGCAGGAAAUCGCGUAGCUUCAAGAGAGUGAAUGAAGAUUAUCAAGAUGAUAACUGUUCUGACAGCAGCAAUGAAAGCCUAGGGCAGGCACAUGACACACUUUUUGUCGCAGGUGACAUGUGUGAGGGGUUGAAGAAGCAAGUGUCAGGAAUGAAACGCUUUUUAAAUAACAAGGUUAACAGUGUAAGAAUCCAUCAGCAAAUGAUGCCUGGUCGAGAAAAACUGAAGGACGAACCAGGGACUUCAGAUUUAACAUGGCUGCAACGCAAUACAAACCAGGCCAAUGCCCGUCCUGAUGAGCCUCAUUCAUCCCAGAGUAUCAUCUGGAAAGAUAUCCAAAAUCAAACGCAGAAAUCCUGUGUUUCAGUAGGAUACAGUGGCGAAGGAUCCAGAUCAUCUAAACCAGUCAUAGCUGCAAACACUGAAAGACUCCAAGGUAUGCUAGAAAGCAAUGGUAUGUGAAUUUUUUGUUUUGGAGAGAACAUGUGAAUUUUAAUAAUCCAGUUUCUUUCAGAAAGAAUGAAAACAUACUGUGUACCAAGUGAGUUUUAAUGAGCUAAGAAAAUGUUUAACCACUCUCCACCCAAAAUAUUACUGACUCUUGCCUCUCAUCAGUUUCCAAAAGAUACUCCAACCUCAUAUCUUUAGAGGUGUGAACAUUAUGAAGGAAAAGAAAUGAAGAACACUCCAGUGAUUUCAACAUGCUUUUGUUUCUCUGUUCUGUCCAGUAACAGCAAAUAUACAGAACACCUAAGAUAUAAACAUACCUGAUCAAUAAAAUAGAUAUUCUUGUGAAUUUA